AUGGACAGUAACCCGGCAGUUAACGCUCGUUUGCAAAAAUUAAUAGACGACCCUUGGCGUGAAGAAAAUUUGUCGUUUGACGAAAUAGUCGUUCCUAUUAAAGAAUUACCCGAUCCUGAAGCCGACGCUACCGAGGCGCAUUUGACACUCACUCAACAAGACACCAAGUGGACCGAUUUAGCUCUUUCGAAAAUACUCAUCGAUAAUCCAUUACCGCCACCACCACGUUGCUAA